AAGCCCCGCUAGCCCCGGCUAACAGUGUUAACAGUGCUAGCAGAGGUCCACUUCACCUGUGCGCUGAUACUCGAUCACCUGUCCGCUGAACUCCAGAUGUUUUGGUUUCUGAUAGGUCAGAUCGAUCAGUGGGAAUAAAGCGAGAUAGAAACAUUAAAGUGACCUGAGACUGUCAUAGAGUGUUGAUCGAGUGUAGAUUUGAUGUAGUGAUGUGUCUUUCUGUGUCGAGGCUUCGAAGCGUGUGGCAAGUACUUUUUUUUUAAUGAAGCACGCAUCGAGGCUCGUGGUGAUGACAUUUGAAGCCUCGCAGCUAGCCGACUUAAACUAUAAACGGCAGCGAAACCUAAAGGACCCCGCCCCCCCCCCGACGUACAAAGCACACACACACAGUUUAUGGAUUUGGGACUUUAUUGCGAGUUUGUUUUCUGUUUUUUGGAUUUUUUUUGCGAUGGAACCAGCAAGAAAGAGGAACGAGCUCUCAUAAUAAGAUAUGCAUUGUAAUAAAUUGAGUAAUAAUUACGCAACACAUUCACAUCACAACCCUCUGCCCAAUUUACCUAAUUUACCCUGCACGGUGGCGUGGUGGUUAGCACUACUGCCUCACAGGUAGAAUACCAUCUUGAAGGCCUGGGUUUGAUUCCACCUUGGCCCAGGCCCCUCCCUCUCUCUGUGUCCAAAGACAUGCACUUAGUGGGGUUAGGUAAAUUGGCCACUCUAAAUUGCCCAAUGUCUUUCUGUAUCACUUUGCCUAUUCUACAUUUUCUGUCCACUUGAUGGCGCAGUAGAGCAAAUGAAGUGGCCCAUGAGUAUACUAAUUGGAUGGAAAGCUUCAAUGCUUCAUGAAGCUUCAUCUCACCAUCACUAAUUUGAUAUUGUCUUGACACCUGUGAAGAUUAAAACAUGUUUAUUGCAUAAGUUUAAAGAUGUUCCCGAUCCCCAGUUAAGGUGUUAAGCAGGUGGACAGGUGAGUGCAGGUAAAGGAGAGUGUGACCAGCCAGAGACAUCUGGAAUCCAGAUUGGAGCUAAAUGGCCAGUUAAACUGGAACACCUGAGCCAGCAGGUGGAGUCACACAUCUGUUCUGAUAAAAAUUCAUGGCAUCACUCGUUCAUUUGCAGGUUCUCCUCCAAUCGUGAUCCGGUCCAAUCAACAGUGGCAGUGAUGGCGUCUCGUGGGCGGGGCCAGAGGAUGCCGAGUUUCACCAUGGAUGCAGUUAGAGGAGAUGGUCUGCCUCCGUCGGUGCAGCAGCCGACACCUGUGUUUCCUGUGAUGGAGCAGAAGCCCCUCCCACUGACAGGUGGGGAGGAAGCAGAGUACCUGUUGGCCCUGAAGCAGGAUUUCAGAGGCGCCAUGAGGAGUCUGCCCUGCUUCAUCCAGCCAGUGGUGACUCGCAGAGAUGUGGAGCGUUACUCUGAUAAGUACAACAGGAGUGAGCAGAUGGACAGGCUGCUGGACUGGGCUCCAGACUGGAAGAGAUUCCCCAGAGAGCUGCGAGUCCACGUCAGGAAAACUGUUAGAGACGGUGUUUUGGCCACAGUUCAGUCUCCACCGCCUCCUCCUCCUCAGAUGAAGAAGAAGAAUGUGAAGGAUAAAGAGGAGUUGCUGCUCAAACUGGAGAGUCUAGAGAAGAAGGAGGAGCAGGCGGCCUCAGAGGACGAGGAGGGAGACAUGAAGAAGAAGCAGGAGGAGGAGGCUGAAGGAGAGGAGGAGUACGAUGAAGAGGAGUUUGAGGAGGAGACGGAUUACAUCGCUUCGUACUUCGAUAACGGCGAGGACUUUGGAGGAGACAGCGACGACAACAUGGACGAGGCUAUUUACUGAAACACCAGCACCAUCAUUUCCUGUCACAUGACCUUCCGGUCUGAUUGAACUGAACUGAGUCAGACUGAUGAUGAUGAAGCACCUCUGAUGGAAUUUUUUUUCUGAAUGUUUUUAAACUUUUGUAUUAAAUGUGGUUCCUUUUAUCUUCUGCUGCAGCUCAAUAAACAUGAUCAUUACA